UAGGAAGGCGGGGCAUGUGCGCGCGCACCCCGCCGUCGCGCCGACGGCACACCCCUACCUCCUGCUCGCGGCUGUUAGUGACGCGGUCUUGCACACGUCGCAACCCAGAGCCUCCACGGCCAUGGCUUCCGUAGGAGCGACCUCAGGCAGGACGCCGCAGGAGCCGGGACCCGGGGAGGCCCCGACCAGCCUCCCCAGCCUGGCCCCAGUGCCCGGCUUCGGGGAGGGGGAGGAGGAGGAAGAGGAGGAACCCGCGGAGAUUCAUCUGUGUGUGCUGUGGAAUUCAGGACACCUGGGCAUUGCCUACUAUGACACUGGUGACUCCACCAUCCACUUCAUGCCAGAUGCCCCAGACCAUGAGAGCCUCAAGCUGCUGCAGAGAGUUCUGGAUGAAAUCAAUCCCCUGUCUGUUGUUACCAGCGCCAAACAGGAUGAGAAUAUGACCCGAUUUCUGGGAAAGCUUGUCUCCCAGGAUCACAGAGCGCCUAAGAGACCUGAAAUUGUAUUUUUGCCAAGUGUGGAUUUUGGUCUGGAGAUAAGCAAACAGCGCCUGCUUUCUGGAAAUUACUCCUUCAUCCCUGACUCCAUGACUGCCACUGAGAAAAUCCUCUUCCUUUCCUCCAUCAUCCCCUUUGACUGCCUUCUCACGGUUCGAGCACUUGGAGGGCUGCUCAAGUUCCUGGGUCGAAGAAGAAUCGGGGUUGAACUGGAAGACUAUAACGUCAGCGUUCCCAUCCUGGGCUUUAAGAAAUUUGUGUUGACCCAUCUGGUGAGCAUAGAUCAAGACACUUACAGUGUUCUGCAGAUAUUCAAGAGUGAGUCUCACCCCUCGGUGUACAAAGUGGCCAGUGGACUCAAGGAGGGGCUUAGCCUCUUUGGAAUCCUCAACAGAUGCCGCUGUAAGUGGGGAGAGAAGCUGCUCAGGCUAUGGUUCACACGUCCAACUCAGGACCUGGGGGAGCUAAAUUCUCGUCUGGAUGUCAUUCAGUUUUUCCUGUUACCCCAGAACCUGGACAUGGCACAGAUGCUGCAUCGAUUGCUGGGUCACAUCAAGAAUGUGCCUCUGAUUCUUAAACGCAUGAAGUUGUCCCACACCAAAGUCAGUGACUGGCAGGUCCUCUACAAGACUGUGUACAGUGCCCUGGGCCUGAGGGACGCCUGCCGUUCCCUGCCCCAGUCCAUUCAGCUCUUUCAGGAAAUUGCCCACGACUUCUCUGAUGACCUACACCACAUUGCCAGCCUCAUUGGGAAAGUGGUGGACUUUGAGGGCAGUCUUGCUGAAAAUCGCUUCACAGUCCUUCCCAACAUAGAUCCUGAAAUUGAUGAGAAAAAACGAAGGCUGAUGGGACUUCCCAGUUUCCUCACUGAGGUUGCUCGGAAGGAGCUGGAGAAUCUGGACUCGCGUAUCCCCUCCUGCAGUGUCAUCUACAUCCCGCUGAUCGGCUUCCUUCUUUGUAUUCCCCGACUGCCUUCCAUGGUGGAGACCAGUGACUUUGAGAUCGAGGGUCUGGACUUCAUGUUCCUCUCAGAGGAGAAGCUGCACUAUCGUAGUGCUCGAACCAAGGAGCUGGAUACAUUGCUGGGGGACCUGCACUGCGACAUCCGGGACCAGGAGACCCUGCUGAUGUACCAGCUGCAGUGUCAGGUGCUGGCACGGGCGGCUGUCUUGACCCGGGUUUUGGACCUUGCCUCCCGCCUGGAUGUCCUCUUGGCUCUUGCCAGCGCUGCCCGGGACUAUGGCUACUCAAGGCCCCGUUACUCUGCCCGGCUCCUUGGGGUACGAAUCCGGAAUGGCAGGCAUCCUCUGAUGGAACUCUGUGCCCGAACCUUUGUGCCAAACUCUGCAGAAUGCAUGGGGGACACAGGGAGGGUCAAAGUCAUCACUGGACCCAACUCCUCAGGGAAGAGCAUAUACCUCAAACAGCCUCACCUUCCCCACAGCCCAGGCCCCAGGCCUGUCUCCUCCUCUCCUCAGGUAGGCCUCAUCACAUUCAUGGCCCUGGUGGGCAGCUUUGUGCCAGCAGAGGAAGCCGAAAUCGGGGCAGUAGAUGCCAUCUUCACUCGAAUUCAUAGCUGCGAAUCCAUCUCCCUUGGCCUCUCCACCUUCAUGAUCGACCUCAACCAGGUGGCGAAAGCGGUGAACAACGCCACUGAGCGGUCUCUGGUCCUUAUUGAUGAAUUUGGAAAAGGAACCAACACGGUGGAUGGGCUCGCACUCCUGGCUGCUGUGAUCCGACACUGGCUGGCGCUUGGACCCAUGUGUCCCCAUAUCUUUGUGGCCACCAACUUUCUGAGCCUUGUUCAGCUACAGCUGCUGCCGCAGGGGCCUCUUGUGCAGUAUUUGACCAUGGAGACCUGUGAGGAUGGGGACGACCUUGUGUUCUUCUAUCAGGUUUGUGAAGGUGUUGCCAAUGCCAGCCAUGCCUCCCACACAGCUGCCCAGGCUGGGCUUCCUGACAGACUCAUUGCUCGUGGCAAGGAGGUCUCAGACUUGAUCCGCAGUGGAAAACCCAUCAAGCCUGUCAAGGAGCUGCUAAAGGCGAAGCAAAUGGAAAAUUGUCAGACAUUAGUAGAUAAGUUUCUGAAAUUAGAUUUGGAAGAUCCCAGUCUGGACCUGGAGACGUUCAUGAGUCAGGAAGUGCUGCCCGCCGCCACGGCCAUCCUCUGAGAGUCCUUCCUGGGCCCUCCUCCAUGUCCCAAACCCCGGGGGGCCACCAGAGCCUCUUUGUUCCCUUACUUCACACCCAGCAUUCUCAGUUUCCCUGGAAGUUUUGCUUCAUGUGAGUAAUAAAAUUUAUUUUGGAGAAA